AUGGCCAUAGAAAGGCCCAAAUUGAAAGAUGAUGACAGAAAUAAAUUGGCUCAGUGGCUUCUUGAACAUAGCACUGCAGGCAAACUUCAUUAUGGUGCAAAAAAGGACGCUGCCCUCCAUUUCAAAGUAAACUUGAAGACCAUUUGGAGGAUUUGGAGCCAAGUCUCAAAUCAGAGAGAAUGUGGUGUACCUGUCCAGGUAAAAUCAAUUAGAAAAGGUUGCCUACACAAAGAUAAGAUGAACAUUGAUGUUGAAAAAGUGAAGAAACUUUCUGUUUUAGAAAGAUCUUCAUUGAGAUGCAUGUCUACAAACCUAGGUGUGUCUAAGUCUUUGAUUCACAAGUUGGUGAAGGAGAAAAAACUGAAACCACAUACAAAUGCCAUAAAACCCUUCCUUACCACACAAAACAGGUUGUCUAGGCUUAGUUGGAGCCUGAAACAGCUCAGUUCAGUUAGUGAGAGUGGUUUUAUACCCUUUCAAAGUAUGUACAACACUAUUCAUAUAGAUGAGAAAUGGUUCUAUCUUACCAAAACUAAAGACAGGUAUUACCUUAUGCCAGACGAAGUAGAACCAUAUAGGACUUGCAAAUCAAAGAGAUACAUUCCAAAGAUUAUGUUUAUGUGUGCUGUGGCAAGGCCUAUAAUAGAUAGUGAUGGCACAGUCCUAUUUGAUGGAAAGUUUGGCAUCUUUCCUUUCACAACAAAUGAAGCAGCACAAAGAAAUUCAAAGAACAGGUGCAAAGGCACCAUGGAAGUGAGACCAAUUCCAGCCAUUACAAAGGACAUCAUCAAAGCUUGCCUAAUCAAUGAGAUUAUCCCAGCAAUCAAAGCCAAGUGGCCACAGUUUGCAAGCAAGCACAUAUUUAUCCAACAAGAUAAUGCCAAACCCCACAUAAAACCCAAUGAUCCGGAUUUUCUAGCGGUUGCAAAUACUGAUGGAUUUAACAUCCAACUAGUAUGCCAGUCGGCUAAUUCACCGGAUACAAAUGUUAAUGAUCUAGGAUUUUUCAGAGCUAUACAGACACUCAAAUAUCAAAAGCCAGCCACAGAUGUUGAAGAGCUACUGAAAAAUGUGAAUGAUGCAUAUGUAGAAUACCCACCAGAGAAGAUUAACAAUGUGUUCCUCACUUUACAAGGCUGCUACCAUGAGAUUAUAAAGGCUAAAGGUGGGAACAACUACAAAAUUCCUCAUAUCAACAAGGAAAGACAAAGCGGACUUGGAAUUCUACCAGAGGUAAUCAAGGUACCAGAAGACCUUGUAAGGGAGAGCCUACAGGAGCUACAGUUGGCAGGAAGUGAGGGAGAUGCAAUUUACAAUCUGGAUGAUGUAAUAGAAGGGCUACAACAGAGAUUCAUGCUCCUUGCUCGUCUCCUCACAGUUUGCCAGGAAAAAUUCAAUCGCCUCCUCAUCUUUUGGAGACACAGUGCCAUCGAAAAUCGCAUUGCAUUGGUCAUUCUGCUUGCCUUCGGUAUGUCCAGGCCUGUUCUGCGCAACUGCAUGGCUAGCCAUUUGGCUAACUUGCGUCUCUAA